AUGGCGGAAUAUCUCAAAGCAGACCGCGAAAGGAAACAAAUACGCAGAUUGUUCAAUAGAACAGCAACCGCGCUAGAACAAAAAAUAGUAGAACAGGAUGUCAGCGCGGUGGAAGUGGACUUCUUAUACUUAUCGGAAAAAUUCAAUCGCUUGCGGGUGCUCGACGAAAUCAUACAAAGUUUGCAGUCGGCGAAGACAGAUUUCGAUGAAGAGGAGUUCACUAAGGAAGUGGAUGAGGCAGAAGAAUUUCUUACGAAAUACGUGUACUUCAAACAUAAGUAUCACAUUUUGAAGCCGGACGUCAAAGAGACUAAUCAUACGAUGACGAUGAUGGCCGUCCCAGAAAACAAGAAAAACUUCAAACUUCCAAAAAUAGAAAUUAAGAAAUUCGACGAUGACCCCAAAAGAUGGAUUCAGUUUUGGGGCCAAUAUAAGAAGAUACAUGAGGACCGCAACAUCACAGAAGAGGACAAGUUCCAGUACUUACUUCAGAGCUUGAAGGAUGACUCGAAUGCCCGUGCCUUAGUGGAGAGCUUCCCACCUUCUGCAGGCAAUUACCCGAAGGCUCUUGAACAGCUGAAGAACCGGUAUGGACGAGAAGAAAUGUUAGUGGAGGUGUACAUCCGAGAACUGUUAAAUAUGGUGCUCGCACAAGUCCGUGGUGAACUCGUAUUAGACUUAAGGACCUUAUAUGAUAGAAUUAGUACAUACCUGCAUGCUCUGGAAACGUUGAAAGUAACUAAAGAUAGGUAUGAUGCAAUGCUUUUUCCUUUAAUUGAAUCGGCUAUGCCCGAACAAGUUCUGUUAGCAUACAGUAGGGCGCAGUCACAAAGUAUACAAUUACAUCAGGGCUCAGAACGAUUGGCACAGUUGUUGAAGUUCCUUGAGAAUGAAGUACAAGCAGAAGAGAGGAUUAGGCUUGCUAGAUCAGAUUUUAUUUCUAGCAAGUCUCCCAAGACAGUGUCCGGAUCAGAUAUUCAACCGACAGCGACAUGCCUUACAACAAAGGUAACAAUGGAGAGAGGUAAGGAAUGUUGUUAUUUUUGUGAUAAGGAGAAUCAUACAGUGAAUGAGUGUAGUAAGGGGGUAGAUUUGACCUUGGAUGAGAAAAAAGAGUUAAUUAAAAAGAAAGGUGGGUGUUAUAUAUGUCUAAAGCGGGGUCAUAUGGCAAAACAAUGUAGAGCAUUUUUAAAAUGUAUAGCAUGUAAAAGAAGGCAUUUAGUUGUUUUAUGUCCAGAUUUGCAUAGCGAAAAGAACAAAGAAAUUGAAGUAUCGAAAAAACCAAACGAAAAUGUCACUUUGUGUCAGGAUAUAACAAACACUCUGUUACAGACAGUGGUUGCAGUGGUUGAAUACGGAGGCAAGAAAAAGAAGGUGAGGAUUCUUAUGGAUGGUGGUUCGCAGCGGACAUAUAUCAAGACUAGCCUGGCUGAAGAACUGAACCUAAAGGUAAUAGGUCGAGAGCAGAUUGGACACACAUUGUUUGGGGCAAUACAAACAAAACCUGAGGUCUACAACAAAUACGAAUUUAAGGUGAGUUCAUUAGACAAUUCCUCUGAUAUAACCAUAAAAGCUCUUGCUAAAAACACUGCUCUUUGUGGUGUUCUGCCUAAAAUGGAUGAUAAGAAAGUUAUGCAGAAACUUCACAAUUUGAAUGUACAAUUAUCAGACAUUGAAAAUGACAUAGUUGACAUUGGCAUAUUGAUAGGAUCAGAUUACAUGGGUGCAGUAAUAUCAGGCACAAUAAUAUAUCUUGAAAACAAUUUGUUUGCCAUGAAAACAAAGCUGGGAUGGACGCUACAAGGUCCUACAUUAAGUGCUUAUAACUGUACAGUACUACAAACAUGUUUCUCACAAACAAAUAAUAUUACAGACUUGUGGAGCAUAGAGCUCUUAGGAAUUAAAGACCCACAAGAAAAGCGAGAACAGGAGGAAAUAUUAAAAAGUUUUAAUGAUAAUAUUUCAGAGGCUGAGUCAGGCAGAUAUGAAGUGAACCUGCUGUGGAAAGAAGACACUCCAGACUUAAAACCGAACUAUGACCAAGCAUUCAAGAGACUUCAAAUAACAUCAAAGAAGCUUGAGAAAACAGGAAAUCUACAGGCUUAUGAUGACGUUUUCCAAGAAUGGGAAAAAGAAGGAAUUAUCGAAGAAGUCAAAGAUGAUGAUAAAGGGAAAGGCCACUAUCUAGCCCACCGACCUGUUAUCAAGAUGUCGAGCAACACCACUAAAGUGAGACCAGUUUAUGAUGCAUCAAUGAAAGAUCAGAAUGGAUGGUCAUUGAACGACUGCAUGGACAAAGAGUCAAAAGAACUAAUGAACAUGGGAAAAUUCGACCUUCGAGGAUGGGUAACAGCUCCAAAAAGAAUAGAUGACACGAUUACCGUACCGGUUUUAGGUAUGAUAUGGAACACUGUACAGGAUGACUUAGAGUGCAGUGUAAACCUGAAACACGGAAUCAAAAACAGAAUAACUAAGAGAGAGCUGCUAUCUAUAACCCAGCAAGUAUUUGACCCGCUUGGAUUGGUCUCUCCGGUCACCUUGAUACCUAAACUUAUAACACAGAAAGCAUGGCUGAAUAAUACAGGAUGGGAUGAACCAAUUCCAGAAGAAUUAGAAAAAGAGUUCAAAGAGUGGUUAGACACACUGCACUAUAUAAACCAAUGUCGAUUUCCCAGACGACUGACUAGUGCACCAAUUGAAGAAUGCGAAACUAGUGUCCAUGUGAUGUGUGAUGCUAGCAAAGAUGCAUAUGCAGGAUGCAUUUUUCUACGUACGCAGCAAGGUGAUCAAGUCAAUGUCCAACUAGUGCUAGCCAAGAGUCGAGUAACACCAACCAAAAGAAAGAUGAGUCUACCAAAAGCUGAACUGAUGGGUUGUCUAAUUGCUUCAAGACUGUUCACAGAAGUUGUUAACUCUGGUCUAUUGACUCUAUGUAAAAACUAUGAAGUUUUUUGUUGGACUGAUUCGGCUGUAGCCUGGGCAUGGCUGAAAAGACAGAAAUCUUGGAAACCUUUUGUUAGUAAUCGGGUCACAGAGAUCUGCAAGAACACAAAAAAGGAAGAUUGGUACCACUUACCUGGAAACGCCAACCCUGCUGACCUGCCAUCUCGCGGCUGUGAUGCAAGAACGCUGCUCGAAAGUCGCUGGUGGGAAGGCCCACAGUGGCUUAAACUAGAAAAAGAUAAGUGGCCAAAAUCAAACAUCAAUGACAUCCCUAUUGACGAGAAAGCUGUUCUCCAUGGUGGGGAGGAUGGUGGGAACGGAUAA